AUGAAUAUAGAAGAUAAUAAGAUAAACUUACUAAUGCUAGACACUUCAACCUCAGUGUGCAGUGUCGCUAUUAGUUCGGAUACAGAAAUACUAGAGAGCAGAGUACUAAAGCCUGAGAAAGCUCAGCACGCAGCAAUCCUCCCUCCUAUUGUAGAUGAACUGCUUAAAGAGAUUAAGCAGAAGGGUAUUAAGCUCAGUGCUGUGGUAAUUAGUUCUGGACCGGGAAGCUAUACAGGUUUACGUAUCGGCUCAUCUCUAGCCAAAGGCUUGGCUCACGGCUUAGGACUACCUCUGAUUGCUAUUUCAACCCUAGAGAUGAUGGCAAGAGGUUAUAGCAAAGAAUAUAAUCUAUCAGAAGAAGAUACAAACAUUCGUCUUAUGCCAAUGAUUGAUGCUAGACGAAUGGAAGUUUACACUGCCCUCUACAAUGUCAAAGGACAAGAGCUAGCUCAAGAAGAAGCAAUGAUACUAACAGAGGAAGCUCUCCCCUAUUCAGACUUAGAGACAAUGGAAGUUCAUCUCUUCGGUAAUGGUUCAGAGAAAUGUAUUGGACUUUGGGAUAAACAAAUGGACAGCAAGCAAAUUAUCAUAAAAGAGGACUUCCUCCCCAAAGCAGCAGAUAUGCUUGAACUAGCCCUUGAGGCAUACAAAACAAAGGACUUUGUAGACUUGGCUUAUUGGACACCAAAUUAUCUAAAAGAUUACGUUGCCAAAAUAGCAAAAAAUAAGGUUUUAGGGAUUUAA